CCGCCUUCCGCUUUUGUGACGCCCGCUGUGCAUGAAAAAAAGUUUCUAGAGUUCUACAUCGACAUCACAGCACUCAUUCUCAUUUUUACGGUCGAUUCUCUCAAAAUGUCUGCCGAUGCAAUGGACAUUGACUCUCCUCCUCCCAGCCAAUUGUCCACAGACAAAAAGCGCAAGAACAAAAUUAAGGACCACUCAUCUUCCAAGAAACGAAAGCACACUACUUCAGACGGCAUCAGCACGAAUAUCUCAGAAGCACCAAAGAAAAGUAAAAAGGACAAAUCGCACGAAUCAAAACACAAUGUUGUUGUCGCUGAACCAGCUAGUAAUUCGGACCCGAAUUCCCCCUUUCGACUCGUCAAUGCGACCAUGUACUUGCCUCUCUCCCCGAUAUCGAUCUCUCCGACACAUGCUUCAGCGUCGCUCGCGGCGGAGCAUCUGGCGCCGCUUCUGUUGACUUAUUACCCUCCGUUUAAAGGGAUUGUGAUGGCGUACUCGAAUGCCUCGAUAUCGAGCACACCCCCGGCGCCAGAACAGCUUCAUAACAGCGGAGAUAACCCCAAGCCAUUGACUCUCGCGUUGACUGCAAAUGAAUACGGCGUUCUUUAUCUAUAUCUCACCGCCACAUUUCUAGUCUUCAGCCCCCAGAAAGGCCAGAUUCUAGAAGGCUGGGUGAAUGUUCAAUCCGAGGGCUUCCUCGGAGCCGUUGCGUAUAAUCUCUUCUCUGUCGGUCUAGAACGGAAACGGCUACCUGCAAACUGGAAAUGGGUUCCACCUGGCGCUGACGACGAGGGCGAGAGUGGUUCGGAAACGACAAGAAGUCACACCAACGGGCUCGCUUCAGCGCCGACGUCUGGAGAUGAAGACGAGUCCAACAGAUCGGAAUUUAACUCUGCCAAGGAACAUUUCACGCCUCUGCCAAAGCCAGUCACACGCAAUCCUAUAGAGCUGGACGAAACGCUGAAUGUGGAGCAAGAAAUUGAGGAAUCCAAUGAUACCGGCUUUUUUCAGAGUGUUUCGGGCCAUCGAGUCCGCGGAACAGUCCGUUUUCGAGUUCGCGAUAUCGAUGUCAUUCCGGGGGGGACCCAGACAGAGGGUUUAUCAGCAUCGAAGGCACGAUGCUUACCCCCGAGGAGGAGGCUCAGCUCGCGGAGAAGGAGAAUCCGAGAUCUCCAUUGUCAAACGGACGAGAUGAGACAGCGUCGGCGACUGGUGGCGCUCAGACUAACGGCGUGGAAACCAGUACAGCUGAGAAGGAAAGCACCAGUCAGAAGAGCAAGAAAGAGAAGAAGGAGAAAAGAGAAAAGAAAAGUAAGGAUAAGGACAAGUCCAAAAGCAAAUCUAAACGAGAAUAAUUACUGUUCAAUUUGAGUGAUUUGCUAUUUCGCUAUUUCAGCAGGGGCAUUAUAAACGGCGUUUUAAGUUUUCAUGUGGAUUUUGAGGAGGCGACAACGCAUACUACAAGCUGACAUAGAGUUGUGUGGAUUUUGCACAAUCGCUACAAUUUAUUGAAGAUACGACCAUGGUUUUGAACAUAUUGCCGUUGCCAAUGCAUCGUAUAUUGAAUAUAUCAUCUCAUUCUUUAUUAUAACACCCAAAUGCGGAACAGCUCGUAAUGAUGCUGUUAAAAGCUGCAGCCUUACUUUUAGCCCCCACUUCUAAUCC